GCGGGUGGAGUCUCUAUAAAAGGGCUCAGUCACAAUCAAAACACAGUUUCAUACCAGUCACUCAGCUCAGCUCCUGCCCGCUCUCCAGGGAUCACACCACUCGGAACCAUGAGCAGCUCGUCAGAUUGGAAUCCUUCCCUGUGGUUGGAGACCUUUGAGGAUCUUGUGAAUGAUGGCGGUGAGCUGGACUAUGGAGACUCAUGGACUCUCAACUUUAACUACAGCCAGACAGAACGAGUCAGCAAAGAGGAGAGGAAGAAGGGCUGGAAAGUCUGCAAUCACCACACCAUCGGAAAUUUUCGGUGUGCAAACUGUCGGAGGACCUGGCCUUCAGGCCGCGUGAACGUGCUGUUCCGUUACCGACUGCGAGGCCACAAGGGGACGGUGAUCAUGCGGCCUUUUGGCCAGGCAUGUCGACAGUGCGACGACGUAUUUCAGUUCCCGGGUUUCUCCGAGGAAAUUGUGGAAGCAGUUUUGCGGAAGCUGUGUUCCAAAAUCCGGAAGAACUGCUACAAUGAAGAUGAAGGAGAGACGCCAAGAGACAUGGUCAAGAAGUGGACCAAACCUCAUGAGACGGCUCUGUGUGAAGCCUGUGAAGCGGGCAUUUGCAACCAGCGCGAUGAUGAGAACCAUCUGUGUGAAUAGACACAGUCCGGCCAUGUUCUUCAACCCUGGAAGGGGAAAAUAUUCCGUUUGCACUGUUUCUUGAGGCCUCGUGUUAAUGUGGGGACCAAAAUGGAGGUACGAGAAACCUGUCCAAUUUCAGGUUAGGACAAGUUUUAAGGUUAGAUGAAGGUUCUGCUUAGUAGUUGAGUUUGGAUAAAAAUAGAAAAUAUUUCCAUGUUGCCGUCCCUCUUUUGUCCUCUGUGUGUUUGGGAAGAGAAAUGUUGGGUCGCCUGGAUGCUCCAGUUCUGAAUAUGUCUUUUAAUAUAUUGAAUUGGCAAUAGAGGUUAACAUUUGGGUGGUGAGGAGCAGUUUAGAGACAAGAGCAGUGGGAUUGAAAGGUUGCAAGUUAGAUCCCUGAACAAUGACCCUUGACCCUCAUCGACUCCCCGAACGGCCCUAACGUGACCAAAUCAGCCGUAUCUUAGAAACUGGAUGUGUGAAAAGAAUGUCCCCAGGGGGAUUAUGAUUAUGAUUUCAAUUGGCCAUUAUCAAGAUUAUGUCAACAUCGUACUAAUAUUUGUAUUUGUAUUGCUUUUUGCAAUUUCCAAUAAAGUUUGACCUACUUUGU